CAGCUGAGGAUGUCGGAGCAAAACGGGCCCAGCGAGGGCACAGGACCUGGUCCGGGACCGGGUCCCGGCUGGUGGCAAACAGCCUCGCAGUCUUGGAAGACCAGCUCCGUCGGGUCCUCUUCCUCGUCCGCUGGCCCCACUGCUCCAGACAGCUCCGCCUCCGUCUCUGCGUCCUGCACCACAUCUACCUCCGGCCUGGCAACCACCACAUCGACAGCUCCGCCGUCCAGUUGUUGUUCCUCAACUCCCGGAGGACAUUCCUGCACCAUCACCGCGGCUCGCACCACGGAGACGGGGAAAAACGUCUCCGUGACAACGAUCAACGUACCGCCGAAUCAAGACUUACACGAUGGAAAAGGUAUCUGCAAGUACCUUACCGGCCAGAACGGCGUCACGGUGUCGGUGGUGUCGAGCUGCGGUUCCGUUCUCGGAUGCGGGAACACGAGCGUGGUGUCCACGACCGGAAUCGGGACGAACGCCGUAUCCCAUAGCAUAGGAAUUGGUAUCGGUGUCGGUGUCCUGGGUCAGAACGUGGACAACGACGCCGAGGACAGCGACGGCGAGAUAAGCAAGAUAGAUUUCCGCGGGGUGAAUUUACGGACGAAGAAGAAACGGGAUGUGUCCGGGAACGGUGAGAAAAUCGGGGACGGGGACGUCGACGAUGGGAACGGUUGCUACGACGGUAACGAUGCCACCCAACAGCAGCCGGAGAGGCCCAUGUCGUGGGAAGGGGAAUUGUCCGAUCAAGAGAUGUCUUCCAACACGAUUACAAACCAAGACACGCACGAAGAGACAUCGAUGGAAGGUGUCCAGGUCUGCGGGUCGAGUCCCGGACCAAUGGAGCAGAAGUUUCACAUAAAACCGGAGCCAGAUUUUCGAUCCAGCCCGGGAUUUGCGUUAGGUUCCUUCCACGAUGCAGGAUUGUCCCUGCCCCACGGUCAGCAGAUGCAGCAGCAGCAACAGCAACAACAACAGCAACAGCGAAACAUAGAAAGCAUCGAGCAGACGCAGCAGAGCGAAUUGCCUCUUCUCGUAGGAAAACUGCUCGGUGGCUAUAAUAGCUCCACCCCGAAUCACAGUCCCGUGUUAAACCCAAGACAUCAUUUGACCAAACAUAGCCACACGCGAUCUCAGGUACCGUCACCGGAUUCUGCGAUUCACUCCGCGUACAGUGUGUUCAGCUCGCCGACGCAAAGUCCCCACGCAGCUCGACACUCUGCCUUAGGCGCAGGAAGCCCGGUCCCAUCGUCUUCGCUCUCCCUCUCGCGACAUAGCUUCAACAACUCAACCUCCUCGUUGUCGUUGUCGCUGUCGCACUCGCUCUCGAGGAACAAUUCGGACGCCUCGAGCAGCUGCUACAGCUACGGCUCUCUCAGUCCGCCCACGCAUUCGCCCGUCCAGCAACCAAGACAUCCGCAGCAUCAUCAGCAUCAGGUAGCACAAGGAAGCCCCCUUCAUCUGCCGGCGACGGCCUCGUCCGGUGUUCCUCAUCAUUAUUCCACCACCGUGCCCGGUUCCGAGCUCUCCCCCGAAGGGCAUCCAACCGGUGACGACCAGGAAGAUUGUCGAAUACCAUCGGCCCCAUCCGGUAUUUCUACCAGGCAACAGUUGAUCAAUAGCCCUUGUCCAAUAUGCGGUGACAAGAUCAGCGGUUUCCAUUACGGAAUCUUCUCCUGCGAGUCGUGCAAGGGAUUUUUCAAACGCACCGUCCAGAACCGGAAGAAUUAUGUGUGCCUUAGGGGCGCCGGGUGCCCGGUCACCGUCGCCACCAGAAAGAAAUGUCCGGCUUGUCGGUUCGACAAGUGCCUCAACAUGGGUAUGAAACUCGAGGCGAUCAGGGAGGAUCGUACCAGAGGCGGAAGAAGUACCUACCAAUGUACCUACACCCUCCCAGCUAGCCUGGUCGGGAGCCCCGCUAGCGGCAUGACCGGCGACAAACUAGGAGCUGGUGGAAAUUGUAGUCCAGCUCCAGCUGGCAGCGAGCAUUAUUAUUCCGUUAGACAUCACUCGAAUCAUUCGCAUAAAAUGCAAGUGGUGCCGCAGCUUCUGCAGGAUAUCAUGGAUGUGGAGCAUUUGUGGCACUACAAUGAUAACGAUCGAAUGUCCGGAGGACAGCCAGGAGGGAGUAACGUGUCCAGAAGCAACGAUGGUAUGUUGUUAGGGGGAGUCGGAUCUGUAACGGGAAACGAUGCUGGGUCCGGAGUCGAGGGUUCAUCCAAUGGGACUGCGGGGAAUGGGAAUUUGAGUAACAGAAGAGACAGCAGGUCUUGUUCCACCGUUCCCGGUGUUACCAACGACCAACGAGCGCCAUCUAUCAACAGCAAUUCACCGUUGAGCAGCAAUACGAACGGCAACUCGACUCAGCAUCCCGAUUUCCUGUCGAACCUCUGCAAUAUCGCCGAUCAUCGACUGUACAAGAUAGUGAAGUGGUGCAAAAGUCUCCCAUUGUUCAAAAAUAUUUCGAUCGACGAUCAGAUUUGCCUGUUGAUCAACUCCUGGUGUGAGUUGUUGCUCUUCUCGUGCUGCUUUCGCAGCAUGAGCACUCCCGGUGAAAUCAGAGUGUCUCUCGGCAAGUCGAUUACUCUGGAACAAGCCAGGCAACUUGGCUUGGCGACCUGCAUUGAGAGGAUGCUCGCGUUCACCAAUAAUCUGAGAAGACUCAGAGUGGACCAGUACGAAUAUGUUGCGAUGAAGGUAAUAGUGCUGUUGACAUCCGACACAAGCGAACUGAAGGAACCAGAGAAAGUGAGAGCAUCUCAGGAGAAAGCCCUGCAGGCGUUGCAACAGUACACGAUAGCAAGGUAUCCUGAAAUGCCUGCCAAGUUUGGCGAGCUGUUACUCAGAAUCCCAGACUUACAAAGAACAUGCCAGGCGGGGAAGGAGUUGUUAAGCGCGAAACGUGCGGAAGGGGAAGGUAGCUCGUUUAACUUGUUGAUGGAAUUGUUGAGAGGAGAUCACUGAAUCAU